CCUCCCAAUCAUGUGAUUCAGGUAUUCCAAUCCCCUCCCAAUCAUGUGAUUCAGGUGUUCCAAUCCCCUCCCAAUCAUGUGAUUCAGGUGUUCCAAUCCCCUCCCAAUCAUGUGAUUCAGAUGUUCCAAUCCCCUCCAUAUCAUGUGAUUCAGGUGUUCCAAUCCCCUCCCAAUCAUGUGAUUCAGGUGUCCCAAUCCCCUCCCAAUCAUGUGAUUCAGGUGUUCCAAUCCCCUCCCAAUCAUGUGAUUCCGGUGUUCCAAUCCCCUCCCAAUCAUGUGAUUCAGGUGUUCCAAUCCCCUCCCAAUCAUGUGAUUCAGGUGUCCCAAUCCCCUCCCAAUCAUGUGAUUCAGAUGUUCCAAUCCCCUCCAUAUCAUGUGAUUCAGGUGUUCCAAUCCCCUCCCAAUCAUGUGAUUCAGGUGUCCCAAUCCCCUCCCAAUCAUGUGAUUCAGGUGUCCCAAUCCCCUCCCAAUCAUGUGAUUCAGGUGUUCCAAUCCCCUCCCAAUCAUGUGAUUCAGGUGUUCCAAUCCCCUCCCAAUCAUGUGAUUCAGGUGUCCCAAUCCGUUCCCAGUCAU